AUGGCCCCCGCCGCCGCCCCUCGCAAGCCUGCCUCCUGCGUGAACGGGCAGCAGCCACUCGGAGACAUAUCGAAAGCGACCGUCGCGCUGUGCCUGCUGGCCGCCUGCGCCGCCGCCGCCGCCGCCACCGCCGCCGCCGGCGCGCCCCCCACCAGGGCCCGAGGGCCGUCCCCGUGCCCCGGAGGCCGCAUUGUGGGCGGCACGCCGUUGGACAUCUCCGUGGUCCCGUGGCAGGUCGACCUGGAGCUCAGGGAUGGGCUGCUGUGCGGCGGCUCCACCAUCAGCAGCACCUGGGUGCUCACUACGGCACACUACUUUGCUCUUGACGGCUUCGACGUCAGGUUCCUCUCUGUAAGGGCUGGCACCUCCACUCGAGAGAGCGGUGGCACCGUUUACGGCGUCACUGAAGCAAUCAUCCACGAAAGUUUCAGCUGGGUUAAUGGCGAUUACGACAUCGCUGUCAUUUCUAUCAGUGGCUCGUACACCUUAGGGCCGAACAUUCAGGUAAAGUCUGCAAAAGCGGGAAUAUUAGUGACUCUAUGA